CGCAGCUCCCAGCGGCCCUCGCGUUUCCGGUGGAAAGAUGGUGGCCCGCAAGAGGAAGCGUGCGGCUCGGGAGCCUGCGGAGGGAACCCUGAGCCCGCCGGGUUACUCAGCCAUCCCCAUCGCGUUCUCUGAGAAGCAGCGGGCUCUUCAUCACCUCUAUGUGCGGGAGCACAGAGUUCGAGAAGGCACCAAGUCAGCCUGGCCUCAGAAGCGUACUCUGUUUGUCCUCAAUGUGCCCCCAUACUGCACAGAGGAGAGCCUGUCACGCCUCCUGUCCCCCUGUGGCCACAUCCAGUCUGUGGAGUUACAGGAGAAGCCAGACCUUGCCGAGGGGCCCAAGGAACCCAAGUCGAAGUAUUUCGACCCCCAGCCUGUUCCGGGUUUCCAGGUGGCCUACGUGGUGUUCCAGAAGCCAGGUGGAGUGUUGGCUGCCUUGACCCUGAAGGGCCCUUUGCUGGUGUCGACAGAGACUCACCCUGUGAAGACGGGCGUUCACAAAUGGAUCAGCGACUACACAGACUCGGUGCCCGACCCCGAGGCCCUGCAGCUGGAAGUGGAUGCCUUCAUGGAGGCGUACGACCGGAAGGCAGCUGAGGAGGAGGCAAAGGCCAAGGAGGAAGAAGGAGUCCCUGAUGAGGAGGGCUGGGUAAAGGUGACCCGCCGUAGCCGGCGGCCUGUGCUCCCCAGGACCGAGGCCGCCAGCCUACGGGUACUGGAGAGGGAGAAGCGGAAGCGCGCCCGCAAGGAGCUGCUCAACUUCUACGCCUGGCAGCACCGCGAGACCAAGAUGGAGCAUCUAGCACAGCUGCGCAAAAAGUUUGAGGAGGACAAGCAGAGGAUCGAGCUGAUGCGGGCCCAACGCAAGUUUCGCCCCUACUAGCUGUGCCAGCUGGCGUGGGAGGGCCGCAAGGUGGAGGUAAAGCCAGCGAGGACACCAGAAGCGGUCUGGCAGGCCCUGUGACACGCUCGGAGAGCUACUCUGGGAAGAAUAUUUUAUUUUUCAUCUUGUUGAGCAGCAGAAAUGGCUACAAAAAACACUGGCCACCAGCUCAGGAGG